AAAAAGAGGGCAGCUAAUGGUUUUUCCAACUUUUGGAAAGUAAUUCCUUACAUACUGUAGUUCCUUAUCACUGUUGAGGAAGAGUUUUUGAUAUUACUCUAUUUGCAUUCUAAAAUGAAUUAGCAACAUACAACCUGAGUAUAUUUGCAUAUCUAGUUAUAUAGCUUAGGUUGUAACAUGUAAAUUAUGGAAAUCAGAUGCAUCUGAUUGCAAAGUGCAGUACUGUAUUAAAGUUCAUAUCCAUUUCUAAAAUCUCAGGCAUCAUAUACAGUAUGCACAUGGCUAUCUUAUGUGGAUUGUAAAAAUCCAAAUAAUCACUACAUGGAAACAGAUACAAACAACCCUUUAUCCUUUGUUGUCAUCUGGUGAUAACUUAAGAUUUUUUUUUCAGUUCAGAUAUGGCAACCAUUAAGUACAUUUGCUUACUUAAAUCUCUGUGCAUUUAAUGAAGUAGGCUGUCUUAUGCCAUACUGUAAUAAUUUUCCAAGUCUUUAAGGUACAAUUUUAAUGGAAUUAAGUAUUCGGAAAAUAAUUAAAAGAAAUUGUUGCAAGGUACAACAGAUAAAAGUCAAAAUGCCAGGUUUUAAGAGGUAAAAAAAUCAGACCAAGAGAAAUCACUUCAGCAUUCUUUCCACCUUUAAUAAAAUAUAUAAGCUGUACAAUUGAAAAACCAACCAAAAAUGUUUAGGGGACAAAUAAUAAAAAAAACCCUUACAAUAAUAUGGUUACAUAAAGAUAAUAUCCUUAAACUAAUACUUUGUUGAAGUACCUUUUGAUUUUUAUGACAGCAUUCAGACUUUUGGGUAGGAACUUAUCAGCAUGCCACAUCUUGCCUUGGGGAUCUGCCCACUUUUCCUUAAAAAAGUGCUCCAAAUCAGUCAAAUUGUGAGGCAUCGCCUGUGCACAGAUUUCUUCAGGUCACUCCACAAAUGGAUUCAGUCCGGGCUCUGGCUGGUCCAUUCCAAAACUUUGAUCUUCUGGUGAAGCCAUUUGAGUGAUGCACAGUGUUGUUUUUGCAUCAUACUUUUGGGUGUUAUGGCCAACCUUGGUCUCAUCAAACCGUAACACAUUUUUCCACAUGCUUUUGUCAGACUUGAUGUAGGUUUUUAGAUGAAGAUUUAGGCAGGCUUGGCUGUUUUUCCUUGUAAGAAAAGGUUUCCACCUUGCUACCCUACCGUAUUGCUCAUAUAUAUGAAAAAUAUGAAAAUAAAUAUGAAAAAUAUUUGCCAGAAAUUCCAACAACUUCUUUGACAUUGCUGUAAGCCUUUUGGCAACCUCUUGAACCAGUUUUCUUGUUUUUUCUUCAAUUUUUGAAGGGGUAUCUAAUUCUUGGUAAUAUCACUGUUGUGCCACAUUUUCUCAAAGGGACAGUCUGUUGAUCACUGUGUUGCAUGGUAUAUCCAAUGCCUUGGAAAAAAUUUUUACCCUUCUCCUGAUACUUUCCAACAAUAAGAUUAGUUCUGAUUAAUAAGAUUAAUCCAUCAAUAAAAUUCUGAACAUAGCCACAUUCCUACUUAUAAGAAGCUGUGAACACUUACGCAGCUACAUUCUAAUUUAUUUUCCCCCUAAGAUUUGUUUUUCAAUUGAACUGCACGCACAUGUUAUACUAAAGAUGGACAAAAUUCCAAAGUGAUUUAUCUUGGUCUGAUUUUUUUUUAUAUUUCAAAAAUCUGGCAUUUUAACAGGUGUGGCAACUUUCCAUUGUAUUCAUAAAUGCAUUUAUAUAGAAAAUCUUCCCCAUUCUUGGGAGGCAAGAAGCAACAAAGGUACAGAUUAUAUGUUAUGUAUCUGGGAAGAUUGAAUAACAAAAAAAUGAAUCACUGGAUAUAACAGCUGUUAUACAAUCCCAGUAAUACAAAUGAAGAAUACAGUAUGAAUUAAACAACGAAGAAUAUGUGCAAUAUAUUUUCCAAAUACACAUCCGCAAUUAUCUGCAUUAUUUUCGUAGAGAAGUACCUAUGGAGCGUUUGCUGCAACUUUCCUCUAUUAAUACAAAAUUACAACGCAAAAGCACCAGGAAGUACUUCCUCCUUCAGCGCAUGCUCACUCCGAAAGCUCAUCUUUUAAUCUUCCCAUCACUUCCUUCACUCCGAAGGCUCAUCUCUUUUAAUCUUUUCCACCUCAUCCCGUUGCACCAGGCAGAAGUGACGCAUGCGCAGCAUCACGGUAAACAGGGAAAGGCACGAACGUUUCGCCAGCUUCCCUUCAUGCGCUUUCAGGCAGGAGAAACAAUUUCCCUCUUUGGUGCGUCUGCGCGCUGGCCUUUCAUCCGGGUACUGGAAGACGAUGAAUGCUCCUUUCCAAGAUGGCGGCGGAGGGAGGAGGGAAGGAGAUGAACGAGAUUAAGACCCAGUUUACCACCCGCGAGGGGCUCUACAAGCUCCUGAGCCACUCGGAGUACAGCCGGCCCAACCGGGUGCCUUUCAAUUCGCAGGGCUCCAACCCCGUUCGCGUCUCCUUCGUCAACGUCAACGACCAGAGUGGCAAUGGGGACCGGCUCUGCUUCAAUGUGGGCCGGGAGCUUUACUUCUACAUUUACAAGGGGGUCCGCAAGGCUGCUGAUUUGAGUAAACCAAUAGAUAAAAGAAUAUACAAAGGAACGCAACCUACAUGUCAUGACUUCAAUCACUUAACAGCCACAGCAGAAAGUGUUUCUCUUCUAGUGGGCUUCUCUGCAGGACAGGUGCAGCUAAUAGAUCCUAUUAAAAAAGAAACUAGCAAGCUAUUUAAUGAAGAAAGGCUAAUAGACAAGUCCAGAGUAACUUGUGUAAAAUGGGUGCCUGGUUCAGAAAGUCUCUUCCUAGUAGCUCAUUCCAGUGGCAAUAUGUACUUAUAUAAUGUAGAACACAACUGUGGUACCACAGCUCCACACUAUCAGCUACUUAAACAAGGAGAAAGUUUUGCAGUCCAUACGUGCAAAAGCAAAUCUACACGAAACCCUUUACUUAAAUGGACAGUAGGUGAAGGUGCCCUAAAUGAAUUUGGUUUUUCUCCAGAUGGAAAAUUCUUGGCAUGUGUAAGUCAGGAUGGCUUUCUUCGUGUAUUUAACUUUGAUUCAGUUGAGUUGCAUGGUACAAUGAAAAGCUACUUUGGAGGACUGCUGUGUGCAUGUUGGAGCCCAGAUGGAAAAUAUAUUGUAACAGGUGGAGAAGAUGAUUUGGUGACUGUCUGGUCUUUUGUGGACUGUCGAGUGAUAGCUAGAGGCCAUGGACACAAAUCAUGGGUCAGUGUUGUGGCCUUUGAUCCAUAUACAACCAGUGUAGAAGAAAAUGAUCCAAUGGAAUUCAGUGGCAGUGAUGAGGACUUCCAAGACCUCCUCCAUUUUGGACGAGAUCGAGCAAAUAGUACGCAGUCAAGAUUAUCAAAAAGGAACUCUACAGAGAGUCGCCCUGUAAGUGUAACAUACAGGUUUGGUUCAGUAGGUCAGGACACACAGCUAUGUUUAUGGGAUCUAACAGAAGACAUCCUCUUCCCACACCAGCCCCUCUCAAGAGCAAGGACACAUACAAAUGUCAUGACUGCCACAAGUCCCCCUACAGGAAGUGGUGGAGCUAACCCAGGAAGUAAUGGAAAUAGCAUCACAACACCUGGAAACUCUGUACCCCCUCCUCUUCCACGUUCCAAUAGCCUUCCACAUUCUGCAGUUUCCAAUUCUGGCAGCAAAAGCAGUGUCAUGGAUGGUGCCAUUGCCUCUGGUGUUAGUAAGUUUGCAACAUUAUCAUUACAUGACCGGAAGGAAAAACACCAUGAAAAAGAUCAUAAGCGAAAUCAUAGUAUGGGACAUAUAUCUAGUAAGAGCAGUGACAAACUGAAUCUAGUUACUAAAACCAAAACAGACCCAGCAAAAACUUUGGGAACGCCUCUGUGCCCCAGAAUGGAAGAUGUUCCUUUGUUAGAGCCUCUUAUCUGUAAAAAGAUAGCACAUGAAAGACUGACUGUGUUAAUUUUUCUUGAAGACUGUAUAGUCACUGCUUGUCAGGAGGGAUUUAUUUGCACAUGGGCAAGGCCUGGUAAAGUGGGUGUUUUGCCAUCCCAAAACCAGGCCAAUUCUCCAAGUGGAACUGUAGUAUAGCCAUCACACUCCUAGCAAACCUUUGAACACAGAACAAGAAGUAAUGACAAUGGAACCAGGAGCUGCUGUUCAGCCAGAGAGCAUCACAAAUUCUUAAAAGGCAGAGUGUUAUGUGAAUCACAUAGUGUUUUACAAAAUAAUUCUGUAAUGAGUUAUAUUUUUACAUCUAAUACUUUGAGGCUGCUCACCUAAGGAAGAAUUUUGCUUAAAAAUGCUUCUUUUGGUGCUACAAUUAAAAAUAGCAAUUGCUUUAUAUUUCUCAGUGUAAUUUAAUCACAUACCUACAUUCACACACAUCCACACGUGUAAAAUAAAAUAUUUCUUAAAUCCAAGUAAGUUUAAUGGUGUUAUAAAUUAGAAUAUUAUUGUUGAGUUUUUUCUUUGCACUGCUUUUUUAAAAUCGGAGAUGGUUAACCUGAAAAGCUCUCAUGGGAAAUUAAAGUCAUUACUUUCUGGCUUCACAAAUGUAAUUCAGAAAGAUGGAUGCUACAAUCAUAGGUUUUUCUAAAAAGAUUGUUUGCACUUAAAUAGCGUAAUACUAGUGGAUAAUUAAUUUUAAAUUGUGUUUGGGCACCAUCUAAAGUUAUGUUAUAAAUAAAUCCUUUGUAUCAAACAUUUUAUUUUAAUAAUGUUUCAACUACAGUCAAUCUGUAUUAUAUAUGUAAAUAAUGUAAUUCAGUGACUAAGAAAAUCAUUACACUAGUAAUUUUAAUCAUUUAAGGAAGUGGUAUUUCUAAUUCAGAAAAUACAUAUUAAACUAUCUUGAAUAUGCA